AUUAUGUAAUGGCACUGGUGGUUCUUUAUGGACUCUUUUAAUUCUCCUAGAGAAUCAAAAGAGCCCACAAAGAACCACCAGAGCUCUUUCGAUUCUUCCAGUAGUAGACUCUUUCGAUUAUCCUAGUGGUGGACUUUUACAGUUCUGGACUCUUUUGAUCCUCCCAGAUUUUG